UAUUUGCAAUUAACUCUUCUCUAGAGCUCGUUCAUGUCUCUUCUCCUCUGUAUUUCUGUGUUUCGGUUGUUUUUAUCAAGAACGGGCUGAAAUUCAGUUCUCGCCCUUUUAUUCAGUGUUUGGAGAUUUGUUUGCAAGUAACCUAGAGAAAUGGUUAAGUGUUGGCCGUGUUGCUCUUCUCAGAAUAAGGUGAGGAGUCCUGUCAAUGAAGAAGUCACUCACUCCUUGCCGCCUCCUUCAAUACCCAACACAUCUUCGCCUACUCCUUUCAGCGAGUCCAUGAAGCCAAUCAUUCAGCAACUCGAGCUACUUCAUCCAACUGAGCAGAUCGAUCAGCUCAUCGACUCCAUUGACUAUCUGCUACAGAAGAUCAAGGCUUCGCCAGGAGAAGAGUCCAGCUCCUCCAUUCCGUUGGAUUCCGUAGUCUCCAACACAAGACUGGGUGCUGACGUUAUAGAUAAAAUUUCGACACAAGUGGAAAACAGCAAGGAGGUAUUUGCGGAAAUGGGAAAUCUAGCUCUAAAUGGGGUGAAGAUGGUGGGAGAAGCCCACUGGGUAUUCUUAGGAUUAUCUGUGGCCGCAUAUGCACUGGAGAGGUGCGUGACUGUCAGAUCUAACGUUUCCGAGUGUAUGGAGCUGUUACAAAAAAUUAGUCUCCUGGCAAAAGAUUUGAAGCAGUUCAACGAACUCAUGCCUGGAGAGAGCGAUAGACUAGGCAAAGCGGUUCAGAUCGUACUGGAGGGGGCAAUCAUGUGCUGUAGUUACAUCGGCAAGGGAAAAAUCAGCAGGUAUUGGUCCGCCGCAGCAGCCAAAGAUCAGCUAGAAAAGACAAAGCAAAGUAUAAUAGAUAUAAGAGCUUCUCUCGACUCUGCCGUUGGUCUGCAAACUCUUCGACAAAAUACUUUCCGUUAUGACCAAUCGCCUUUCGAGCUACUUGAUUUUAAGCCAGUGGGUAUCCAAGAGAAAGUUGAAAAGGUGAUGGAAUUGUUGGAUAUGGAAGGCAGCGAACCAGCGCUUGCCGUUGUCUUAUGCGGGUUCGGAGGUGUGGGCAAAAGUACACUUGCUGCUUCAGCUAUUCAGAGUUUGAACUGGUCAAAACUCAGGGCUAAUCCCGACUUCAAAUAUUGCAGGGUAAAAAUAAACUACGAAACUCCAGAUAUAGAAUCCCACAUCAACGUCCUCCAACAAAAUAUAAUCACUGCUUUUGGAGACAGGAAAAUCAAGGUGGAAAGUUCCGAAGAGGGGCGAACAAAGCUCCAAAAGGUCAUGGAAAAUAAAUUCUGCUUUCUUUACAUCGACAAUGUAGUUGACAAAGAACAUCUCGGGCGACUCUUACCCAAAGAUUUAUUGUGGUUCACUAAAUCAAAUAUGUCCAAGGAGAAUUCGGAGGAGCAGAAAACAAAACUGAGGAUAUUGGUAACGUCCAGGGAAAAGAAUCUGAAACCCAAAUUCAAUAUCAACUGCAAGGAAUAUGAAGUGCAUGCUUUCCCCGAUAAAGCUGCUGAGCUCCUCCUGAGAGAAACGAUCCUCCAAUCACAAGGCCAAUUCAGUCUCGACUUUGAUGAAAGAAGUCUCAUCACUUCUGUGGCUCGAGCAUGCAGAGGUGUUCCGCUAAUCUUGUCCGUCUUCGGGAACCACUUGAGAGCGGAAAGAGAGGAACGAAGUUACAGGGAAGCCCUUGAAGCUCUUCGGCAGGGAAACCUCGAUAGCUUCACAGACGAAGAUAUCAGUGGAAAGCUCUUUUUUGUUUAUGACAAAAUUAGGGACGAAGAAGAAAAAGAUGCAUUCCUUGACAUUUGCAAAUAUUUUUAUGGUUGGGAAUGGAAUCUAGUUGGCAAUAUUGUCGACCCUUCUAGACUUGAGUCUCUUUACAGAAGAAUGUUGAUAAACAAAAGCGACUCAGGUGAAGUCAUUGUUCAUGACAUCCUUCGCUUGAUGGGAGAGAAAAAGGCCGAACAGACAAGGAUUUCAAAUUAUGAGGAGUUUUCUGAAGUCUUCGAAGAUGGUGAAGGAAAGCUUAAAACUAACAAAGAUGUGAAAGGCAUCUCUCUCGGCAGUGAGAAGUUGCUAAGAACGAUAGAAUCAAGACACUUGGAUGCGGUGUGCCAGUCGUUGAGAGUACUAAUGCUAAGAGACUGGGUAAUGAUCGAUGGGCUUCCUUGCAAGAAAGCUUUCAAAAAUUUGAGAUAUCUCAGUGUAGGGGAUUUGAACGACUUUCCAUUUGAAGAUGCUUUCAAACUGCAGAAGCUCACGGUUUUCAUCAACAGCUCAAAGGGUGGCAUGAAUUUGCAUCGGCUUCCACGGAGUCUGAAAGUAAUCUCUCAUGAAGUAGCAGAUCCUGAUUGCCGUUCGUUUGAAAUACUUCCUUUGCAAAGUCUGUCUUCUUUGGAAAAUUUUAUGGUGAAAGGGAGGAAAUCAGUGAAACUUCCAGAGGAAUUGCAUCUUCCUUCGUCUCUAGAAAAUCUCCAAUUCAAUUGUUGCAGUCAGUUACCGAAAGAAUUCAUCAAUCUGACUGCUCUUGAGCGCUUGAGUAUGGACAAUUGUGACUUGGAGUCUUUGCCUCAAGGAUUCGGAAAACUCAAGAAAUUGAAGUAUUUGAGCGUGCAACACUGCACAAAUUUGACUUCCCUGCCGGGAGAACUCGGGCUGCUAUCUUCAAUGAUUAGUCUGAGGCUGAAUGGAUGCACUCUUCUCGAAAAGUUACCUGUUGACCUGGGGGAGCUGAGUGCGAUUGAAGAGCUGAGCAUGGGAGAGUGUAGGAAUUUGAGGGAGCUGCCUCAAGGCUUUGGCGGAUUGUCUUCUCUCCACAAGUUGGACCUAACUGGAUGCAUCAGCUUGCAGCGACUGCCAGAGAGCUUUGGGAAGCUUCCAAUUCAGUCGCUUAAUCUCCAAUCACUGACGAAUUUAGAUGAGCUUCCCGAAAGUACUGGAAACAUGCCAUGUCUUACUCAAUUGAAAUUGAUUUCCUGUAACGCGUUAACUACUCUUCCCAAUAGCUUUGUGCAGUUGAGCUGUUUAGAGACCUUGGAAAUUGAGGAUUGCCAUAAGCUUGUAGCGCUUCCCAGAGACUUUGGCCAGCUGAGUUCCUUGAAGGAGAUGACCGUGAGACGCUGCUCUAAACUUGAGGAGCUGCCUGAUGGAUUUCAAGCACUGCCCGCCUUAAUGACCUUCACAUUGAUUGAUUGUAGAUGUUUGCUGAAUCUUCCGGCAGGGUUUGGAGAACUCGUAUGUUUGGAAAACUUAUGGCUAAGGGGCUUGCCUAUCUCAAACCUCCCCGAUGGAUUUGGGAAGCUCAAAAGAUUAGAGAUGCUAGACUUACGUUUUUGUCGGAAUAUAGAAAGAUUGCCCGAUGAUUUCGGAAGUUUGGCGUCUUUGACUCUGUUAUGUUUUCGUUCAUGUACCAAUUUGGACGGCCGAGAAAUGGAGAAAAUAGUGAAAUUAAAGCUCUGUUAUUUAGUAGUCAUUGGUAAAAGCCCUAAAUUGAUUGAGAGGUGGGAAGAAAUGCGGGAGCAAGAGGAAUAUCCUCUGGUGGUACUGGGUGGUUCCUCGGACAUCGAAGAGGAGUGUCGCGCAGCGAAAGUGGGUUUGUUGGGCGCGAGGUGCAUAGAGCUAGACAGCGCUACACAACAACUGGUGGAGCGCUCGACUUCCAUUUUGUUCGAAGUGGACACAAUUGUUGCAGUGAUCGCCCUUCCUGUCCACCUGGAAGAUCAUCAUCAUCGGCUUACAGAACGACUUGUAGGGAUGGCAAUGGAAAAAGCAAAGACGGGUUCCGCAGGACGCCUGCGAAUUGUUUAUGUGAAGCAAGUAAAACGCAAGGGCGAAACAACAGAAAAAGAAGAACAAGAAGAAAAAGCUUGUUUCCGACAUAUUUUAAUGUCGGCGCCGAAAGGCUCGUAUGCCAUUCCUUCCAAUGACAGCAGGUGCCAUCGUCUCAUCACUUUCACUCUCUUUCGAAGGAGACUCUUUGAUGCCAAGAAACUUGUUUGCCGCAUGCUGAAAAUGCGGGUAGAUUAUAAAGGAAAUAAAAUCUUGGAGUUGAGUGAUUUUAUUGGAGAGGAUGACAUUUCAGGACAGUCUCUCCACAGCUCAGAUGUACAGGAUGACAUUGCAGGAGACGAAGAAAAUGAAAAUUCCAAUAGCAUUGGUGAAUUUAUAGAAUGUAUAUGUGCAGGGAAGCUUCCAGGAACAGCAGAGCUAUCUCAAUCUCCGCCCAAAGAAAGUAUGUUUACAGAGUUCCUUCAAAUAUUGAAGAAAAACAAAGCAGAUCACCUCAUCGACAGCAAACGCAACAAGGUAGAGCUGGAUCAACUAAAGGGAAAUGUGGUGGGUAUCUUCAUAUGUGAUCAAAACACUCCUGAGUAUACAAAAUUGCAACAGAUCUAUAAAGAAGUCAGGGAUAAAGGUUUGAAUUUUGAAGUGCUUUGGAUUCCUCCUGAAAAAUUUCAUGGGAUUGGUAUUUAUACAAGGGCUCUUCAAAAAAUGAUCUGGAAAGCUCUUCCUAAUCCUAAUUUGGUCAAAUUGGAAAACACAGACCCACAUUUUAUUAUAUUUGAUGAAGAAGGAAGUAUUGGAAAUCUACAUGCAUUAUCUCCAAUGAUGAUAUGGGGUGCAGAAGCCUAUCCAUUUAGCAAAAGCAAGAUUAAUGAAAUUGUCUCUACUAUACAAAGUAAAUUCAGCUUAAAUUUUCUCUUUCACAAAAUUAAUUUGGUGAAUAAAGAAGCAAUACAAAAUAAACUGAUUUUCUUAUAUGCUGAACCUCCAAGUCAAAAUUUUGAAAUGAAAUUUAAGUUGGAUCAAUUAGCAGAACUCCAUGGUAAUUUUGAAAUUAUAUACGUGGGAUGCUAUUUUGUGGAAAAAGAUGACAUAUCAACAUUCAAAGAAGAUUAUGAAAAUGUGACACAAAAAAUAGAUUGGCCCAAACUUUCAUUUGAAGAUAUGAUUACAUUUUGGUAUCGUUGCAAAUAUUUAUAUGAAGAAAUGAAGGACCAAUCAAAUGCAAACAUUGAAGAACUCAAAAUUCUUCCUAGGUUUCUAUAUUUUGAAAAGAGGUGGUUAAUUGUGCUAGAUGUUGAUGGCAUAGUAACAAGGAGUGGAUAUGAAAUGGUGAAGAUGAUGUGUAAAAAAUAUGAUGAGAAAAGAGGUGGAGUGGGUGCUAUAGUGAAAAAUGAGUUGUUGGAAAGUCUAAAGACUGGAAAAUGUAAUGAAAUAGUGAAGAUAUUUUUCAAAGAUACAAUCAUAAACCAUCCAGAACAUUUACAUAGUUUGGUUAGAGAUUGUAGACAAGGAGCAUUAGAAUAUAUUUGUGACAUAUGUGGUUCUUCUAAUGUACUUAGAUGGGACCAACAAAGACGAUUUAGAUGUCACCAAUGUGAUUGGGAUCUAUGUCCAAAAUGUUGGAAAGUGUUUGUAAAAAGUCAAGUACAAGGCUUAUCCUUAACUAUAGAUAAAGACAAGUAAAAGAUUCUCCUCUCACACUUUCUCCUCAAAAAAGAAAUAACAUUUAUACAUUUAUAAUA